UUGCAGCUUGUGUGUCAGUCAAUCAGGUCCCUCACUCACUCCCCCCCUUCUUCACCGCAUUUCUGUCUCACCCUUUCCACGCUUGUCGUUACCCUUUUCGUCUUCCCACUCUAGGAUUUGCCAUUUAGUUGCCGCGCGUCUGUCGAUCCGUGUCUGGGAACUUAUCGUUAAGUGUGCGGGGACUUAGGAGAGUGAGUGAGCUUCAAGAUUAGUGUUGAGUUCGGUAGGAGAUUUGGGAGCGAGAGAGGAGACGGGAUAGUGAUGGUUGAUUGAAAGGUCGGUUUGGUGUAAUUGAAUCCUGUUCGAAUCUCGGAGCCGGGAGGCUUGGACGGUUUUUGACUCAUGGGUGAGAUUUGGUCGUUUUUAUUCGACAUUUCCUCGGUAUUGUAUCGUUGCGCAAGUCUUUGAACUAGAGUUUGACGUUUUGGGUGAUUCGGGUUUAUUUAUUUAUUUAUUUAUUUAUUUUGAAUUACCCGUUUCGUAGUUCUUUAGGUGUGGAGGCUUCAGUGUCCUGAUUCCCACAGGAAGGCAUUUGAUGGUCGAAUUGGCAUAUUAUGUUUAAAAUUGUUCAAUUCACUCGUCUAUCAGCCUAAUUUGGGUUUACCAGGAACUGUGGGUGGUCUUCAUUUUGGUAUCAUUUUGCGGUAUCCUUAAGGCCAAGUGAGUGUAAGGUACUAUUAACUGAAAUUAGUCUUCAAUAGUGCAUUUAUGGUUUAGUUAGGGAAGUCUACAAUUUUGUCUGUUAAAACUACCAUGGAGGAACUUCCUAGAAAGGCAGGCUUGGUGCCUGCCGGAGGGAGAAGCAUCAAGCCUAGUCUCGUCUCAGAUUCUUCUUUAAAAGUCUCUCGCAUUGAAACGUCCCAAAGCCAACCUGCAAAUGUUAACACAGAAGAGCAUGAGAAGAGGGGGAAAGAUGUCGUUGAGGUCGAAGAAGAGCGACCAUGGCGGCAGCGGAGUAAGUCAAGAUUGAUUUCAAGGUCUGAGGUCCAAGAUGAAGAUUGUUUUCAGAAAAAUUCCUUAGAGGAUGACAUGGGUUUUAUUCCAUCGCAUCAAAAGAAAACAAGUUGGAAAUUGGGGUGGAUAAUAGCUUCUGCAGUAGGAGUUUUCGGUAGCCUUGGGGGAUGGUUGUAUUCAUCUCGUCCUCGAGAUCCAGAAUUCAAGGUAGAGCUUAUUACACUUGAUGGCUUCAACCUUCGUUUCUGCACAGAUUCUCCGCUACUGCUUGCGGUUGUGGACAUAUCCCUCACUCUGCAUGUCAACGCAACCAACCCAAAUGUGUCGCCAAUUGAGUUCUCCGACACAAUCAUGGACAUCUACUACCAUGACACUUUGCUCGGACAAGCCAAGGUUCCUGCUGGAAAUCAAGCGGCUUUGUCAGAUCAAACAAUGGAGCUGACUUGUAAGCUGGAUGGGCUUGAGUUGACAAGCCAUGUGAAGGAUUUAUUUCAUGACGUUGCCAAGCGGGAGAUGGUUCUCCAUUCUGUUGUCACUAUUUCCGGGGAAUCGAUAAUGUGGAAGUGGAGGCAUCCGUUUCAGGUGCAUGUUGACAGCUACAUUAAAGUGGAUCCCAUCUUCUUUGAUGUCUUAGACCAAGAAAAUAAGGCAAAGUUAGAAAUGGCCCCAGAUUGGCACAUAAAAGGGGACAAAAAGUCUUCAGGAUAGUAAUGUGAGAUUCUUUGUGUAAGUGAGAUCCAUUUCAUUCUUCAUUGUGUUUAGGGAUUUUUAUGUACAUUUGAAACUUUCUUUUAUUUAUUUUUGUAUUUUGAGGAGGGGACUUGGAAUCUUAGUCCUUGUAAACCUAACAUAGGGACAAAUGAGCAAUUUAUGUGCACUCUAAGAUGGAGCUGUAUAAAAGUUAUUGAGUUGAGCAAGAUACCAUCAUUUCUGCUCAGAUAAUACUUAUGCUAUUUAUACGUUAUUCC